AUGGCGCCAGUAGAAGUCCUCAUGGUUGGUACUGGAGAGUAUACGACGGGAUUCGUAGGAGGAGGCGCAUCCAAGUCGGAUAAGAAGGUUGGAGUUGUAGGACUGACGCUGUUCGACCUCCGAAGACGCGGCAAGGUUGGCAAACUAUCUAUGGUGGGCACAUCGGGCGGCAAAUUCCCCGCAAUCCGCGAGCAUCUCCAAAAGAACAUCUCCGAAGCAUACAACAACUUGGAUGUGUCAUUUGAGGAAUUUCCCAAAGAAGGGAAGACCGACCCGAAUGCGUACAAGGCCGCGAUUGACGCGCUUCCCAAGGGGAGUGCCAUCACCAUCUUCACACCUGACACCACCCACUACCCAAUCGCUUUGUACGCCAUCGAACGCGGAAUUCACGUCCUCAUCACAAAGCCUGCAGUAAAGUUACUAGAGCAUCACCAGGAGCUUUUGGCCGCAGCAAAGAAACACAAUGUCUUCGUCUACAUUGAGCAUCACAAGCGGUACGAUCCCGCUUACGCGGACGCGCGUUUCAGGGCACAGAAGCUGGGCGACUUCAACUACUUUUACUCUUACAUGAGCCAGCCAAAGAGCCAACUGGAAACGUUCAAAGCGUGGGCAGGUAUCGACUCUGACAUCUCUUACUACCUCAAUUCUCACCACAUCGAUAUCAACGAGUCUAUGAUUCCUGAUUGGAAGCCGGUACGCGUCAUGGCUAGUGCCGCUAAAGGUAUUGCGACGGGAUUGGGAUGUGAUCCUGCUACCGAGGACACUAUUACACUACUCACAAACUGGGUGAAGAAAGAUGACCCAAGCAAGGUUGGGACCGGUGUUUACACAGCUGGCUGGGCAGCACCACAAAAGGCUGGUGUACACUCAAAUCAAUAUUUCCACUACAUGGCGUCAACAGGAGAGAUCCGCGUCAACCAGGCAAAGCGCGGCUACGAUGUUACCGACGAUGAGGGUGGCCUCCUUUGGUACAACCCAUUCUACAUGAAGUACGCUCCUGACGAGGAGGGUAAUUUCGCCGGCCAGAUCGGUUACGGGUACAUCUCGUUUGAGAAGUUUGUUGAUGCUGUCAACAAGCUCAACGCAGGCGAGGUCACACUUGACCAGCUAGACGCGCGGCCGCUACCAACUUUGAAGAACACUAUCGCGACAACUGCAAUCCUCGAGGCUGGCAGAAGAUCGCUCGACGAGAACCGACCUAUUGAUAUCAUCGAGGAGAACGGUGUCUGGUCUCUGAAGUAG